AGUGUCGUCACCGGGCGCGCGGGAACAGUGGAGUGUAGGCAGCUCUCACUCAUGUCGGUAGCGAAUAAAUGCCAGGGACCCCGGAGCGGCGAGAUGCUGCGCUCUUCCGCGGGCUCGGAUUGGAAAGGGUCACCGCUCGGGUCCAGUUUUCUUCUUUUCGACCUUGUACCUCAGGGCUGACCACGGAGGGGGCGGCCCAGCUCCGCGUCUGCGCCACCUUCGGCCCGUCUCCGCGACUGUCGGGGCUUCCCAGGAAAGCCAGGUGACCCCGCCCCUGCGGCUGCUCUUCCCACUUGUGUCUCACCAUGGAGUUCCCGGGCUUGGGGAAGCAUUGCUCAGAGGAGACGUGCAAGCAGCUAGAUUUUCUUCCACUAAAAUGUGACACAUGUGAACAAGAGUUCUGUAAGGAUCAUUUUGCUUAUGCUGCACAUAAGUGCCCCUUUGCAUUCAAGAAGGAUGUUCAGGUCCCCGUGUGCCCGCUCUGCGACCGCCCGAUCCCAGUAAAAAAGGGAGAGAUACCAGAUGCUGUGGUUGGCGAACACAUCGAUAGAGAUUGUAAGCUCCGUCCUAGGAAGGAGGAGAAGAUUUUCACGUACCGGUGCUCAAGAGGCGGGUGUAAGAAGAAGGAGAUGUUGCCGGUGGCUUGUGACCAGUGCGGCGGCAACUUCUGUCUUCAGCACAGACACCCCCUGGAUCACAGCUGUGCACGUGGGCGCAGCCCCAUCAGCCUCCCCGGGUGAGGAGCCGUCCUGGCUGUGAUGUGCUGGCCGCACACCUGCUGUGACAGGGGCCAAACCAGCUCCGUCUGCCGAACCUGCGCCACGGAGAGGGGAGAGCAGCCUGCGCAGUGCUCUCUGCUGGGUGGUGGUGGACGAUAGGUAUUUGCCGUAGGAGUUUGCGUGAAUAUGUUUUCCAUUAAGGCUGGACUUUAGCUUGAAGUGGAGUCCAGCUGUCUUGUUUCCCGGGGCUUCCAGAUGAAGAACCACUGCUGGGGUGGCCUCAACGACAGGAGUUCCUCACCCCUCAGUAUAGAGGCUGAAGCUGAGGUCAAGUGUCUUGGGCUGGCUCCCCUGAAGGAUCUCAGGGAGGGUCUGUCCCAAGCCCCUCUCUUUGCUGCUGGUGGGUGCCACCAGGCCUUGGGAUUCCUUGGCUUGCGGACACAUCCCCUGAUCUCUGUCUUCAUGUUCACGUGGCAUUCUCCCUGUGUUCGGAUGCCCACUCUCCGUAACAAGGCCGGCCGUGUUGAACUGUGGUCCCACCCCCCCCCACCCCACUGUGAACGCAUCCUGAUCAAGUACACCUGCGGUGGCCCCACUUCCACAUGAGGUCAGUCUCAGGUUCCAGGGGUUAGGACCUCAACCCACCAUUUUGUGGACACAGUGGAACCCACUCACUACUAAUGUUAACCAGAAGUACCUUCCUCAAGUCAGUAGAAAAUCUGCCUACAUUUGCUGUUGAAUAAAAAUAGAAGUGAGUUACUUUCUCCACUAUGUCGUGCUGUCCCCCCAGGUAUAUGCCGCCCCCACCCUCAGCUUCCCUGCAGCACUGGUGGCUGAGUGUGGGUCAUCCUUUCCGUGUGGGGUUCAGCUCCGAGUGUCAGGUGCUCUGAAUCCAAACCGGCAGGCACUUUGAACGCACUGGCUUCCUGUUAGCCAGCUUAGUGACUCCGGGGUGAGUCUAGAUGGCACAUGUGGUCAGUCAUGCUUGUGUUGGGUGUGGCAGUCCCUCAUCCCCGUAGCAAAUGCUGAAAGGCCAUUGCAGUGCGGCUGCUAGCUGGCCGUCGGAAUGGCCCCCGGGGGUGUGGCUGAGCAUGCACAGGGAGCAUCUGGACCCCAGGCUUCUCGAGCCCCGGGGCCCAUGUGCAGUGUGCUCCAGCUCAGGUGUCCCUGCGCAGGGACAUGGCGGAACGGUCUCUGAAGUGCCCUGUCUGGCCUGUUCCUCUGUGAUCCACCCUUCUGGGGGCGAACUGGGAUGAAUCUGAAGGUCUUUCGUUCUCUUUCGGGCCAGAAAUAAAGAGAUGGCCUGUAUCUGUUCAAGCUGCACACCAGCUUAUUGUUUGUUUUUGAAUACUCUCUCUGUUUUGUGUGUACCUCUGGCACUUCCAUACUUCUCACAGCAAAGGUCUGAAACUCUUUCAAGUUUUCCAGCAAAAUGCAUAAAUCCUUUUUGCAAACUCAGCCAUGAGAGGGGCAUUCUAAGGUGGGUUAUGCUGCUCUAACACUGUCCCUCCAAAGACUGUAAAAUAAAACAGCUUAAAGAGCAAAGGGGCUGGGUGUCAGACCAGAGGGUGGCUCUGCCCAGGGCUGCAAUUUUCUGAAGUCUCAUCACUGAAAGAGCAGAUGGCUGGUCAAACUCCGGUUUCAUCAUGAAGCUUCUGUCGUGACAUGGCGGUCACCUCAGGAAAGGGGGAGGACUUCCACCCACCUUGUUAAAUAAGGGUCCUGGUCCAGAGGCGGCCCCCAGCCCACUUCCCCGACUCCCCUGAGAGGACUGUCCUGGGACCACACUGACUCCAAGCGUUAGACCUAAACCAGCAACCUCAGUAUGUGGCUCGAGAACUCUUGCUUCCUGGGCCCUCGGGUGUUAGGAAGUGGGGGAAGCAAAAUGCCACCUGAGCUGGGAUUUGAUGCUGACCCACUGAUCAUUCAGCUCUGUGUCCCACACAUGCAUUGCCCUGGGUGGACAGACCCUAGUAGUUACUCUCUCUUCUGGUUUCAUAGCCUCAAAAUACUACAAGGGAAGGGCCUAUAUUCAGUGUCUGCUGUACAAGUAGUUGGUCAGAGCUCUUUCUGCAGUCGUCUCGGUGUGAUUUGUUCUGGACCUGCAGUUCUCCAGCCUUCGAAUGCAUUAGAAUCGCCCAGAGGCCCUGGGGGUACUAUGGGUGCUACCCCCAGUGUGAGCCCAGGGGCUGGCGUGGACCCUUCCAACGUGCGCCCAGGUGAAGCUGCCACUGCUGCUUCGGGGACCACUUCCUGUGCUGGGGUCCACUGUGCGGUCACAGCAGGUGCUUCACCAAACAUGCCAAAGGUGGUCAGCGCAUCCGCUGCACUUGAACUUAAGGUUGAAACUAUUGAUUCAGUUACUAGAAAACUUCAGAGCAUGUUAGGAACUUGGGUAUGUGGAUCUUUCUGAACUCUACAUUCUAUGAAAUUUGAGUACAGACCAGGUCUCUCAUAGAAAUUACUGUCCAAACAGAGUAAAACACUGGGCUUUGAAAACAGU